AUUGAACGCAUGAGUUUGGAGGAAUAAGAGGAGGAAAGCAUGGCCAACUCAGCACUGGAGCUAGUGGCUCUGAUCUUGACCCUGGUCGGGCUGAUCGGGGCAGCAGCCAGCACUGGGAUGCCGAUGUGGCGAGUCACAGCCUUCAUUGGGGAGAACAUCAUUGUGUUUGAAACCCGCUUUGAGGGUCUGUGGAUGAAUUGUUAUCGUCAGGCCGACAUCAGAAUGCAGUGUAAGGUGUAUGACUCUCUCCUGGCUCUGCCCCCUGAUCUGCAGGCAGCGAGGGGGCUAAUGUGCUGCUCUCUGGCACUGGGUGGUCUUGGUCUUCUAAUCAGCAUGGUGGGUCUUCAGUGCACGUCAUGCAUCCAAAACAACGACCGGGCUAAGCGGCUGGUCCUCAUCAUUGCAGGAAGCUUGGUCCUAUUGGCUUGCAUCUGCGUUAUCAUCCCCGUGUCUUGGACAGGUCACGUCAUCAUCAGGGACUUCUACAACCCUCUGCUGAUUGACGCUCAGCGCAGGGAGCUUGGAGAGGCUCUCUACAUUGGCUGGGUGGCCUCCGCUUUCUUUUUCGCUGGAGGAUGCAUUUUUAUUUGUUGCAAUGUGCAGUCGGAAGAAAAAGGUCCAGCGAGGUACGUGUACUCGAGGAACUCUGACUACAUGGCCUACCCUCAGCCUCUGCAGCCUCAACAGAUGGUGCUACUUCCCCAAACACAACCCCAGUUUCAGCCGAUGCUGUCAAGACAUCCAUCAACCGUCUACAGCUACUCAUCCAGACACCCCUCUGAAAGGGGGUGGCAAAUCUCUGAACACUAACAGAUUGAGGUAAUGAUGAACACAGAUAUGGUGUAUUAUAUACACAAGGGGAUUUCUUUUUGAUAUGUCGUUCCUUGGCAGUGCAAUCUAUCAAACAUUUCAAACUAUUAUAGGUUAAAGCAAACAAAGAACACAUUUCAAUAAAUAUGCUGUGAAUACAAUCACUUCUUUAUACGUUAUCUGAGUGUGAUUUUUGUUAAAAAGCACACAAUCUUGUUUUCAAUCUAUAAUCACAAUUUUAACACGGACUGUAUAAGUCAAUACAUGAUUUACAUUACUUGUAUAUGUGUUGUAUAAUCAUAUUUUUAUUGACACCCUUUUUAGUGUAUAUUAGGUUCCGAAUGUUGUAUGUGCAUGCUGUAUAUACCGGCAUUGGGUAAUAGACACAAGACAGGUGUAUAUUUGUUUACUGUUAAAAUGCUGUUUUUGGUACAUAGGAGAGAGCCAUGUAGUUAUAGAGACAGUUUUUAUUAUUAUACUAGAUAAUAAUUAUUUUCAUUCUUAAAACAUAACCUGUGCUUGAACGGCAUAUUCAAAUGUAUAUCCCUGAUCCAUUGGACAAAACACAAAUGCACAUUAAGUCACACAUCCUUGUGGUUUAUUUACUAUCUUACAAGUACACUCUACACAGUGUCCUCAUAUAAUCCUGCUCAGUUGGCCAGUUGCUCCAGUUUAGCGCACUUUUAGACAUGGAAUGAGGAAGUCACAGGUACUACCCUUAGGACAGUAAAUUAUUUAUUGGUGACUGAUUGUGUGAGAAUAACAGAGGUAUGCAUGUCUAAAACUCAAAACACUUUGUGUGGGUCUAUUCAACCAAAACAUAAUUGUAAGUCUUUGUUUAACUUUGGAAUUGUGCCCUGGAGCUUUUGGGAGCUGACUGAAACGGAACAAAGGGCUGAGUAAACAUGAGAUGCAGGUUUAAGACUGUUUGUUAAAGGUGUGUAUCGCGUAGUGUUUGUGAAGAAGCCAGACAGAGACAACCUCACAGUAAUUUCAUUAUUAAAGAAUUUGCAAGUCACUUUGCAUUCAAAGCUUGAGACGUUUUCAAGUUAAUCUCCAGGGUGAUCCCAGCAGUGCAGUUUAUUAGCUCUUGAACCAUUAGGUCAGCACAUUUCAUUUUCACUGAGUAUAAGAGCAAGCUGCCACUGUAGAAUCUCAAUUUCUUAUACAUCAUUUUAUUGAUGUUUCAUACUGAAAAUAUGUGUUGAUGUUGUUGUUUCCCCUGUUACUCAAUGUCACAGCAAAAUGAAUAACCCAUUUGUCUAUGUUGUUUUUUUUUACAUUGAAAUUUGAAUAUUUUCACACUCAACUGUGUGAUGUGAGCUUCCUCUCUGUUUCACUACUUUAAAAGCCAUUUCUGCAACCUUGUGGACAACAGAGGUACUACUGGAGUGAAUGUGCUUCAUUGUACUA